GUCAAGAUAGGAUCAGGUCAUGACAUAGGGAUCAGAGCGACUGGAUCGCUGCUACCUGCCGCCCAUUGAAGAGGUGUUGGUUAGGGUUUAAUACCAAGAUGAGGCGUGCGGUUUCAGCGGUUAGGACUGCCUUACAAACUAGCAACGUGCUCAGAGGGCAAUCGUCAAGCUGUAUUGCCACUUCAACCAGGCUGUACAGCGGCGAGACCAUUACCUGCACACUAUUUCCCGGAGAUGGGAUUGGACCAGAGAUUGCAGAGGCAGUCCAGAAGAUCUUUGCGGCUGCAGAUGCCCCCAUUGAUUGGGACGAGCAAUACAUCGGCAAAGUCGCGGAUCCACGCACCAACAGCAUGGUUACGAGGGAAAAUCUGGACUCUGUGCUGAAACACCGCGUAGGAUUGAAGGGUCCCAUGGCAACCCCCAUCGGCAAGGGACACAGAUCCCUCAACCUGACCCUGAGGAAAGAGCUGCAGCUGUAUGCUAAUGUCCGACCAUGCUUCUCACUGCCCGGAUACAAGACCAGGUAUGAUGAUGUCAACCUCAUCACGAUCCGUGAGAACACAGAGGGAGAGUACAGCGGUCUGGAACAUGAGGUCAUUCCUGGCGUGGUGGAGUCUCUGAAGGUCAUCACAAGGAAUGCCAGCACACGCGUGGCAGAGUAUGCCUUCAAGUAUGCGCGUGACAAUGGCCGCAAGAAGGUCAGCGCCAUCCACAAGGCAAACAUCAUGAAGAUGGCGGACGGCCUCUUCAUCAAGUGCUGCAGAGAGGUACACGAGAAGCACCCGGACAUAGAGUACGAGGAGCUGAUCGUGGAUAACGCAUGCAUGCAGCUGGUGAAGAACCCGGCGCAAUUUGAUGUGCUGGUCAUGCCCAACCUGUACGGCGACAUCAUCUCCGACCUGUGCGCCGGCCUCAUCGGAGGCCUGGGCCUCACACCCUCCGGCAACAUUGGGGCAAACGGCUUGGCCCUGAUGGAGGCUGUGCACGGAACUGCGCCAGACAUUACCGGGCAGGACAAGGCCAACCCGACUGCCCUGCUGCUCUCCGGGGUCAUGAUGCUCCGCCACCUCAACCUCAACGAGCACGCAGACAGGAUCCAGAAAGCCGUGCUGGGCACCAUAGCGGAUGGCAAGUACCUGACAGGCGACCUGGGCGGCAAGGCCAAAACAUCAGAGUUCACAAAGGCAAUCAUUGACAGCAUGGAGUAGCUCUGAAUUUCAAGGGCCAAGUAGCAAAGCUACAGGUUUCAUUAUGUUGUGGGAAGGAGAUGCAUACCUGUGAUUAUGUGAAAUGCCAUCAAAGUCCACUGUGCAAAAGGCGAGUAUUCAGAGAGUACAGAAUCAUGGCUUUCUAGAUCUAGAGCCUUCCCAAGUACUGUUCUCUUCUUGGAUUGGUCCAUGUAAGCAGCCAGUGCAAUGAGCUCGAGCGUAUUUCUCAUUAAGACCAUCGGGCGGCGACAUGCCACUGGAAAUUAGGAUCAUUGGUGCAAUCGCAAUCAAGCCUGUCUGCAAUGCUGUGCGUAUAUGCAUAUGUGCACAAGGGGCACACGUACAGCGGUGAAUCUCAUUCAGUGAAAGAUGGACGAUGCAUGGACAUUGGAGGUAAACGGGUUCCUUUAC